CGCCCCAGUUUGGGAGGGUUUGUGUGCCGCAGACUCCAGUCGCUUCCCGCGAUCGGUUCUCCAUCCGUUUUCAGCAGCGUUUAGAAUCUGCCGGCUGAGGAAAGGAGCGCUGUCCAUUCAGCACCACCCCGGGGGGAAAGACAUCAAAACCCCAAAACCUUUAGCACAAUCCGGUCUGAGCCUCUUUAGUGCGUGGUGUGUCCCGCAGUCUGGGGUCUAAGGAUGGUGAAACUGGGGAGCAAUUUGAAUGAUAAGAACAAGCAGCAGCCGUCCAAUGAGGAUGGUUUUCAGACAGUUCCUUUGAUAACACCUUUGGAAGUAAAUCACCUGCAGUUCCCUGCUCCGGAAAAGGUGAUUGUGAAAACAAGAACAGAAUAUCAACCAGACCAGAAGACCAAAGGAAAACUCAGAGUGCCUAAAAUUGCUGAAUUCACAGUCAGUUUCACUGAUGGUGUAACAGAAAGAUUAAAGGUCACAAUUCUCAUAAGUUUGGCUCUUGCAUUCCUCGCCUGCAUAGUGUUUCUUGUGGUAUACAAAGCUUUUACCUAUGACCACAGUUGCCCAGAUGGAUUUGUUUAUAAGCAUAAGCGCUGCAUCCCAGCUUCCUUGGAUGCCUACUAUUCAGCUCAGGAUUCCAACUCCAGGGGAAGAUUCUACACCGUCAUCAGCCAUUACAGCAUGGCUAAGCAAACCAGCUCACGGUCCGUCUCUCCCUGGCUUUCUUCGGGAUCAGUAAAUCAUGAAGUCAAGGCCACCAAGACAGAAGGCCAUUAAAGCAGUGUGGUGGUCAGGGGAUAGGGGAGGGGAAAGGGGAAAAGAACAUCGUGUCUCUAAAGCAUUGCUCUAGUUCAGAGAGGGCGCCGUGCUUCUAGUGCAACAAGAAUAAACUAACUCCAAGUGCAGGUGUCAUCUUAAUGGAUCUUUCUUUCUCUUGCUCUCUUUCACUCCUUCUCUCUUUGGUGCAUUGUUCUCGUUGAUUUGUAACUAAGUCACAAUCUUGUACAAAGGCAUGUUAGGUGUUGACUAUAUCUUAUAAUGUACAAAUAUUUUUAAAACCAUUGCUUAAUAUUUGUUAGAAAAAUUAAAAUUUAAAAACAAAAAAAAAGCAAAGGCAGAUAAUAUUGACAAGGAAGCAGAAGAGAUAGCAAAUGAAAUUAUUCAUUGCUCAUUUGGUUUAGGAGAUGGAGCCUUGAAGUGGGGGGAAUAGGAGAACCACAUUUGGUAGGCUUGGUUCAUUAGAAUAUGGUGAGAAAAGGAAUCUGUAACUACUCGUAUAGGUGGAGAGGCUCUAUAUAAUGCCACAGAUCAAGAAUCAAAUAGUUCCUCAGUGUGUUCAUAUGCAGCCCAACUCAAAAGCUCCCAGAAGCACUGAUGCAAAUGGAACUAUGCUUAACACAGAAACAAAGGGGAAAGUUCUUGUAUCCAGGAAAGCUCAUCUGUUCACAGGGCCCCCUACAACACACAAUGAACCAUCACAACAAGAUUGCUAUUUUGUAUGUGUGCUAUUUCUCAAGGAAAGAAACAUUGACUAUUUCUUAUUUAAACAUGUGAAUGCAUGAGUACAAUACUUACACAUUCAAAUAUUGCUUAUCAGCUACCAAUUGCAAUUAAAAUAUUAACAACAAACCAGCCCUAAAAUACCCCCCACAAAGGCAGGUGCCAAAGUCCAGUAGGGUCAAACCAAGUAGCCUGGCCAGUUAAGUAAAUAUGCUUUGUAUUAUGUCAAAAGCUUACAGAAAGAUUCCAUUAACAUGGUCUAGAGGUGUGUUCCUGCUAGAUUUUCAUAAACAACCAAGAUAUCCUAGCUGUUCCUCACCCUGCUGAAUCUCUCUUACCUUUUUCCAAGUUUCUUUUUUAAAAAAGUAAUCUGUGGUUCAGUGUAUAGAAGAAACAGGCAGAAAAAAAAUCCCAUGUACAUUUGUGUGCACAAUUGUGUAUAACCUGUGAUAUUCACUCUGUUGCCAUGGAGAGAUUCUUCAGGAUGAGUUUUUCACCCACUUUAGGUUCAUUUUCCCUAUGGACUAUAAAGGCCAAAUCUAAAUACCACAUUAUGUGAUGUGGAAAAACCCUAUGUGACUAGCGUCACAUUACAAUUGGUGUUUUUUCUCCAGAAAUAAUCUGCAUUCAAUUGGGAAAAAGUUCACCGUGUUCCUUUAGGAGUAAGGUGAAAAUACUUAUUUUCCUAUAAUUACUCAGGUACUUGAAUGCUAGAUCCGAAUGAUGUUUUAAUUUAAAAACUUCAACAUGGAGCAGUCAUUUACCAGAAACAGGGCACACUGGGUUUGUGAUUUGUGAAGCAUUAAAGUAUUAUUGAUCCUCAUUCUCAAGAAUGAACUCCAUGCUCAUUUUGACACCAAUAGACCACUCAAAGCCAACUCAUGAUGAAAAAUACCCACAUGAAUUGGUACAGAGGCUCAAUUUACAUGUUAUAUUUGCAGAAUAGUUACUGAUCCCUUUUAGUUGGAUCCCAUGCUGCAUCAACAAUUUGUUGAGAGAUUUCAUACCACAUAGAGUGCCCAGAUCACUUAAGCAUUUGACACAUCAGUGUCAGUGGCCAGAAUGGAAUUGCAGUUCUAACAUAGAAAACUGCUGGGAAUUACUGUCCAAUAGAUGUCUUGGGAUUCUGGUAUUCAGAUGGUAAAUUCUCUGUCAGAUUUGCUGGCUUUCAACAUGAAAUUUUCUUGGGAAUGUGGAAUGAAAAAACAAACACCUGAGAUGACACAAAUCACCAAACAGAUCAAGACUUUAAAUGUCACUUACCCAGGUGCAAUGAAGGUUUGAAUAUGAUAUCUUGAAAAGUGUCUGAUUGGUAAAGUAUUGUAAUCCACAGGAACAUGUUAUUUGUUUUUCUGAGUGGAACAUUUAAAAAUUCUUGUUUUGGUUUGCAUCAGUUUCAUCUCAGUUUUCAUGAAGAAUAGAAAACAGAGGGCAUGUUCCACCAAAAAUGACUCCCGUCCAAUUUUUAUUUUUGUUAACGGGAUUUUCUGGGGGAUGGCUGAUAUAUGUAUCUGAGUAUGCCCAAAUUAAAUUAAAUUAAACUGAACAGAAUUCAAAGGAAAAGAACUAGGCAAAAUUGAACUGGAUUAAAGCCAGUAAAGUUUUUUCCCUCCAUGUACAGUUCUCCUUUCUUGCAGAGACCCAGUCGAGCUAGUUCCAGCUGGUGGUGAGGAUCUUAAAAAGUGAAUUCCAAAGUCAGUUGUCUGAGUUAAGGUAAAUGUUUAUGUUUCAUUUGCAAAGAAAGGCUCAUUGAGCUAGAGACUGAUUCAACAAGAGUCAUGAUAAAUGGUUGUAUAAUGUAGCCAAAAUUGUAGUGCCAAAUCUCAUUGUCUGACUUUAAAUCCCUAUCUCUACCCUUCCCAUAUCAUUUUUCACCUGUAAAUCCAUUUCUCACCUAACAUGUACAAAUACAUGGAAAAAAAUAACAAUGAUAAUGUCUAGAUCAACCACUGGACAAUUUAUAAUUUUGUGGUGUAUUUUAUGUCAGUAGGUAGCAGAGACUGAAGUAUUUUUGGUGUAGUUCUUGACCUUUUCUGACAGGACAAAUAAAGCUAGAUGUGUCUGAGCGUC